UUCUGGGAUACGUUUAAAAGCGGGAAGAGUUCGAAUAAAACUUUAGAAUAAUGCAAAAUUUUUGGACACUGUUGGUGGCAUUGUUAAUGUUGUGCAGCGAAUCUCUGGCGCAUUCAAGUGAAACAAUCAGUGAAUUGGAAAAGAAAAUACAAGAAAAUAAUGUGAAACUACAAGAUUUAGACUUAGAAAUUGAAGAGAAACUCAAGAAAAUUGAUUUCAGUGUAGUUUCAACAUCAAACAAAAAGAAUCCCCAAGAUGAUUUUAAUUUUGUAGUAUCUCAAAAGAAUACUGAACUACUUACGUGUUAUUUGGAAACAGAAAGUUUGCAGUCUACAGUUGACAUUCUUCAAAGUAAACUAACAAAAUUAAAUGAGACUUUUUCAAAUUACUCAGCUGAAAAAAGCACAGAAUUAAACCAACUUAAGUUUGAAUAUAGUAAAACAAAAGAUGCUGCAGACAAAUGUGAAAAAAUGUAUUCUGAGAUUACGGCCAGAGGUUGUCUGCAGUUCCAAAACAUGGAUGGUAUUCAUGAAAUCGACGUACCCAACUUUGGCCCACUAUCAGUUAACUGUGAAUCAGGCUGGACAGUUAUAGUAAAUUGGAGACAUAAUCGCCAAUUCAAUUUUGCUCGCAAGUGGAACGAAUAUAAAGCUGGUUUUGGAUUCAUUCGUAAAGAAUUCUUUAUAGGUCUCGAACAUUUGCAUCAAAUGACCUCUUCACAGCCACAUGAGCUUUACAUCCAGUUUGAGAACCGUUGGCAAAAUUUAAGAUUUGCACAAUAUGAUGAUAUUGUUAUUGGUAACGAGAUAGAGGGCUACAAGCUUAAAUCGUUGGGUCAAUACUCUGGCACUUUUAGAGACGUUCUUAACAUCUCUAUGAACAAAGAGUUUGCUUAUAUUUGGAUGUAUGGCUCAUGGUUCGUUGAUGAACAUACUGGCGGUUGGUGGUCUGAUAUUAUGAAUUUAUGGAUGGAUCCUAAUCAUUAUAAGGCUACAAAAAUGUUCAUUCGCCCUAAAUGAAUACUUCGAACUAUCUGAACUAAAUGUAAGAAUUAAUUAAAAAAUAUUUUCAGACAUUCAUGUAAAUAAAUUCUGUAAGCAAUAUA